UUGCAUGGACACGGCUUAACCGUGGAGAGGCCAGGCUACCACAAACUGAUGGACUUCGACAAGCGAGGAGUAGGGGGAGGUGGUGGUGGGGGAGGAGGAGGUGGAGUAAAAGGUGAGGGAGAAGAGGGGAAAAGGAUGUCAGGGAAGACAGGGGGCCGAACAGGACACAGUGGACGAGGUGCUGGAUCCAACUCUGGGGUUCUGAUGGUCGGACCAAAUUUCCGGGUAGGAAAGAAGAUAGGCUGUGGGAACUUUGGAGAGUUACGUCUUGGAAAGAACCUGUACACCAAUGAAUACGUGGCCAUCAAACUGGAACCGAUCAAGUCACGGGCGCCACAACUCCACCUAGAGUAUCGCUUUUACAAACAACUAGGAAGCUCUGAGGGCGUACCGCAGGUGUUUUACUUUGGACCAUGUGGUAAAUACAAUGCCAUGGUUCUGGAGCUUCUUGGACCUAGCUUAGAAGAUCUGUUUGACCUGUGUGAUAGGACAUUCUCUCUAAAGACUGUACUCAUGAUAGCCAUACAACUGAUAACUCGUAUGGAGUUUGUCCACACUAGAAGCCUUAUCUAUCGCGACGUAAAGCCAGAGAACUUUUUGGUGGGUCGACCAGGCUCUAAACGACAACACACCAUCCACAUCAUAGACUUUGGCCUGGCAAAAGAAUACAUAGAUCCAGAGACCAAGAAACACAUACCCUACAGAGAACACAAGAGUCUUACAGGAACUGCCAGAUACAUGAGCAUUAAUACUCAUCUUGGCAAAGAGCAAAGUAGACGUGAUGACCUGGAAGCUUUAGGCCACAUGUUUAUGUACUUCCUGCGAGGCAGCCUUCCCUGGCAGGGACUGAAGGCUGACACUCUCAAAGAACGUUAUCAGAAAAUAGGGGACACAAAAAGAGACACUCCAAUAGAUGUGCUCUGUGAGAGUUUUCCAGAAGAGAUGGCCACCUACCUGCGGUACGUGCGUCGGCUUGACUUCUUUGAGAAGCCAGACUAUGACUAUCUGAGGAAACUCUUCACAGACCUAUUUGACAGAAAUGGAUACAUAUUUGAUUAUCAGUAUGACUGGACUGGAAAGCCACUGCCAACCCCAAUUGGUCCAGUGGCCACAGAGACUCCACUUCAGACAAGCAGCCGGGAGAAACCAGCACAGAUCAAAAACCAGUCUCCAGAGGGGAAAGGCAGUGAGUCUCAACCCACUCCAGUCACCAAUCGAGAGCUGCUGGGCUCCCAUCUUACUGCUGAUAGACUGGGCGGGUCUGUACAGGUACUGAGAGGAUGGGUUAGCUCUGCUGGCUUCCUGUCUGCCUAUCUGUCUGUCUGUCCACCUGCAUAA